GCCUGACUUAGCGUGGCCAACAGCUUUUCCUUUCACCCACGCAUGUGCACACGUUCUCCAAGGCUGACAGGAAUGGUGCACUUACCUCAGCCCCCCACCCCGCCUUACGAGAGAAGUAAUAACUGUCAACGCGUAAAACGCAAAGGAAGCAGCGUGUGUGUAUGAGGAAACACCCCCCCAAAUCACAUUUGUGCAACAUUGGGGUUGGUCCCAAUAAGGGUUUUUGCAAAAAAUGUGGGUCAUAAUCAUGGCAACAUAUAGUCUGGCCCCCCCACAAGGUCUGAGGGACAGUGGACCGGCCCCCUGCUGAAAAAGUUUGCUGAACCCUGAUUUAAACCAACGUUGGAGGAAAAUGAGGAAGGGGCUAUCCAAAUCCUACUAACAUUGGUAAGCACUUUAGAGCACUUUCAGCAUAGGUACCUCCACUCUUGGUUAUGUUGUUAAUGGAAUUGUACCUGCUGAACUACACUUCCCAGAGGCCCAUUUUGAGCCAAAGGAUUAUGGGUAGUGUAGUUCGGAUUAAUAGAGAAGCUGAACCGAGCGCCAAUCAGUGUGGAGUGUUUGCUAAAUGUUUCCUGCCGACGGAAACUGCCGUGUGCUUUUAUAUAACACUAUGGCACACAAGAUGGUAAUCACUUUGGUCUAUCGAGUGGGAUAUAGAAGAGCUUCUUCUCUGUAUUCCAGGAUGCAUUCAACCUAUGUCAAGAAAAUGAGGUAUAUGUCCGAACUAAAAGACAACGAUGACGCUUGCAGGAAAGCCUCUAAUUUGGGAACUUUCUUCCUGUUUCACAACUACUCUCCCUUACUGCAAGAGAAAGGAAACAUGCUCCUGGCGCCAAAGUUAAAUGCAGCAGAAAUUAAGAGGAUUCUAGAGAAGUUCAAACAGAGCGAAGAAAAGAUAGAGGAUUCCAUGCUGGUUGGAUGUUCAAAUGAGUGCAGGCCGUAUUUUGCUUUGGACCUAGGAUCCUUGGAAAGAUCUGCCCUUGAAGCUGAACUCAAUGGAUCAUUUGGGGAAAUGAGGAAAGCUUUCUUCCAGUUAGAAGAAGAAGAUGCCAGUUUGAUUUCCACGGCUCAGGCUCUCCUUCGUUGGCAUGAUAACAACCAGUAUUGUGGGAAAACAGGACAGCUCACAGUGAAGAACUUGGCUGGAAGCAAACGGGUUUGUCAGAGCAGUGAAAUAAUCUAUUACCCACAGAUGUCUCCAGUCGUUAUUACUUUGGUGUCUGAUGGGAGUCGAUGCCUUCUCGUACGGCAAGCAUCGUUUCCUAAAGGGAUGUACAGUGCUCUGUCUGGCUUCUGUGAUAUAGGUGAAACUCUGGAAGAGACACUCCGUCGAGAAGUGGCUGAAGAGGUGGGGUUAGAGGUGGAGUCUAUGAGCUAUUCUGCAUCUCAGCAUUGGCCAUUCCCAAGCAGCACGCUAAUGAUUGGCUGCCAUGCCCUGGUGAACCCGCAACGGAGCAAGAUUAGUAUCAACAGACAGGAGCUAGAAGCUGCUGAGUGGUUCAGCCAUGGGGAAGUGGUGAAGGCUCUCGGGCGGAACCCAAAACCUUCCAAAGACAAGGAUGACAACCUCUCAUUUUGGGUGCCACCUAAGCAAGCCAUAGCCCAUCAGCUGAUUCAGGAAUGGGUCAAAAAGCAAGGUCCUGUGCCUACUUAGAGACACUUAUUCAAUCAUUUACUGCUCCAGGGAUGUGUUCCGUUCCAAGAGAAGGGUGGAUUUGAAGCUUAGCAAUGAAUGUCAGUACUUCCUCCUAUUGUGGUAAAAUGUUUUGAUAUAUUCCUUCUUUUGAGGAAGGUCAGAAGCAGAUACUUAUUGGUACUUAAUAGAAAAGUCAGAAGAAAAUAGAAGAAAAUAAUUCAGGCAGGGUGAUCAUAUUUAUAGUAAAACUUAAACCUUGUAAACAGACCCCUACAUUCCAUUUUACAAAAGGAAAUGCAGUGGUUUGGUUUUCAAACAGAAUGCGUUCUGGGAGUCCGUUCAACUCCUGGAACCACCCGAAAACCAAAGCAUGGCUUCUGAUUGGCUGCAGGAUGUCUGGCUUCCAAAAAUCGUUCGAAAACUGGAACACUCAUUUCUGGGUUUCGAUCAUUCGGGAGCCGAUUUGUUCGGGAGCCAAGGCUUUUGGCUUCCAUGGUACAACUGAAAGCUAGUCAUUCUUAAGUGGGAAAAGUAAUUUCUCCUUUCACCCACCCAUUUUCAGUAGCAACUACUGAAGCUACUAAUAGUUGGUGGCAACCUUACGCUUCAGAAAGCUGCUAAAUCGGGGUGAGUAACUUGUAGUCCACUCAUUGUUCAUGGCUUGCAAUACCCAUCAUACCUGACCAUUGUCCAUAGUGACUGGGACUGCUGGGAAUCAAGAGUCCACUCCUGGACAAAACAGUUGAAGACUUAAGUUCUCCACUGUUCCCACUAACGCCAAACAAUGAGUUGUGACAUGGAACCACGGGAAGGCAGGAAGCAGCAUUGCACUUGAGACACCCCCCCCCCCCACUUCAGGAUGCAGUUUGUCUUUCAGCUGUAAACUUUCAUCAUGUAUAACUGACGCAUAUGAAAAAGCAGUAUCAAAAUUAAAAUAUACUUCCAGUAACUACUUGAGGACAGAAAGACGAUAAGAGCAUUCUAGAACAGCCUUUCUCAACCUGUGGAUCCCCAGAUGUUGCUGAACUACAACUCCCAUCACCCCUAGCUUGCAAGGCCAGAGCUCAGGGAUGAUGGGAGUUGUAGUCCAACAACAUCUGGGGACCCACAGGUUGAGAAUCUCUGUUUUGGAACCUUCAUUGUUUUUGCCUGCAGCUGUUUUUGAAUGUUUACCUACAUCAAAGUUGAGUUUUAACAGUGAGGGGUGUUGGAAAGACAAUAAAAACAAUCUUAAUGCAAACUAUAAUGAAG